UUUUGUAUUAUGGAGGAGGCAGACCCAUCAAUCAGAAGAGCUGGUAUUACAAGUUGCUUCAAGGAGAUGCUUCAUAGGGACAACCAAGAGCUAGUUCUCAUCCUGAGUGGACUGUGGCACAUUGCCAUGACUCACACUGACGAUCCCGAAUACCCGUCCCUCGGAAUCUUCAACCUCUUGAGCAACUUGAUCAUGAAGGGGAUUAGUGACAAAGAUUGGCUUCUUAGGGAUCAAAACAUAUACGUGCCUUACUACGCAGCCCACAUUAUUGGCUCCUACACCAUGAACAAGGCCGAGUUUGCUGAAAAGGCAGUGGAGUCCGGCGUGAUACCACCAUUGAUCAAGCUCCUGAGAGGCAAGUUAAGUUGGGUCGAGCAAAGAGUUGCAGUCCGAGCUCUGGGCCACCUCGCAAGCUACGAGACUACUUUCAAAGCGGUUUUGGCGUACGAACAAGAAGUGGUUGAUUCAGCCAUGCAAAUAGCAAGCACUUGCCUCGAGGUCGUGUAUUCCCAAUUCAUAGCACUAAAUGGAAUGAAGAGGUCGAAGUACCAACGCGAUUUGCUGACGCGCGGUAUCGGAAGGACCGAGUUGGAAGACCGAAAGGCUGAGGAGUGGGCGAGCCAGCUCCAAUGCUGGUCUCUCUAUCUCCUAAAUUGCUUUGCCUGCAAGGGAAGGAGUUUGGAUUUGAUUUGCAGGGGAGAGUUCUUGAAGGACUUGUGCGAGAUGUGGGGUGGACUUGUCAACCACUCUAAUCCUGGUGGUGUUGGGCUUAUUAGAAUCUUGUGUUACACCAAAAUUGGAAGAGAGAGGAUAGCUGAUUGCAAAGAAGUCGUCCAAUAUCUCUGUAAUCUCUCAAGAUCUUCCGAUGAUUGGCAGUAUAUGGGCAUCGAUUGUCUUCUCUUACUUCUCAGAGACCAAAAUACCCGGUACCAAGUCAUUGAAAUUGCCAUUUUUUGUCUCAUAGAUUUGAUAGAACUCAAUAAUCUUGGGAAAGCAAGGAUCCACAUAGGAGAAGCCAUUUCAAGAACUCUCCUUCAAGACCACAGCAAAAUGAUAAGAUCAAAAUUCAAGGACAAUCCAAAAGUCCAAGAGGCAUUAGAUGAAUUAUGGAUCCUAAAGGUUGAAAAAGGGAAAAGGGAGAGACUUUUGACCCAAGAAAAGGUUAAAGAAAAGAGGGUCUUAGUGGAUCUCAUAAAACAACAAGCAAAAAGCAUGUUUUGGGCAGGUCACAUAGAGGAGGCCAUGUUGAAGUACAACGAGGCACUGGAGAUUUGCCCAUUGAGGCUGAGGAAGGACAGGAUGGUGAUCUACAGCAACCGAGGCCAGUGUCAUUUGUUGCUUGGAGAUGCAGAUUCUGCCAUCAGAGACACAACAAGAGCUCUCUGCUUGUCGAGUCCGGCGAACAAUCACUGCAAGAGCUUGUGGAGAAGAUCGCAGGCUUAUGAUAUGAAAGGGCUGAGCAGAGAGAGCUUGAUGGAUUGCUUGAUGUUUGUCAACGGGUGCAUGAGGUCGGAGAAGAAGAGGGGCAAACACGCAAAGAUACCGCACUAUGCAGCGCGUAUGAUCAGCAAGCAGAUGGAGGCCAUGUGGCUGUUUGCCGGCUCAAGGUCGAGGGCGAUGGCGAGCUGUGCAGAAGGAGGGAGAUUUUGAGGAUGAGAAUUGUGAACUAAAGAGGAAGGACAUGGGGAUAAUGUACGAAGUUCUAGCA